AUGCCACCUAAAGGAUCCAAAAAGAAAAAGGCGGUUGUCAAUGCCACGGUUGAAGGACAAGAGGUUGAACAGGGUCCGAGCUCCGUGGCAGAAAACGAGCCACCUCAGGCUCCUGAAGCAGACCACAAUGGCCGUCCUAUCCGAAGCACCCGUGGUCUUGGUGGAGUAAAUGCUCGGCAGGAGAAAACAUCUAACAUCAUUUUUAUUGACUUCGAGAAGGCUGGGAAGAGGAAGUCAAGGGCCGCCAAUGUGGAUACUAGCGCCAUGCCUGAAAAUGAGAUGGCGCCUCCCUUGAAGAAACCUCGCAAUGGGGUUACCGUUGUGUCGCAUGUAGGUCCCCCUAUUCAAAUGCAACCAAGGCCAACGCCUUCAGUUGCUCCUUGGGAUGUCCAACAAGUCCAACCAAGCCCACGACAAUCUCAGGGUGCCCCCCCUCCUGUCCAGAUCCAACGUGCAGCUCAGAGAAAUCAGGAGCACUCAGAGCUUGAUCAUGCUGUCCAAAGACCCACUGCCCCCAUCCAGCGCCCCGCUGCUCCGGUACAACAGCCAGCACAUCCUGUCCCGCGCCCCGUACAACAUGCAGCACAUCCUGUCCCGCGCCCUGUACAACACGCAGCAAAUCCUGUUCAGCGUUACGCUGCCCCUGCGGCAGAGAAUUCUGUCCAAUACUACGAUGCCCCCGUACAACAACCAGUGCAUCCUGUAACACAACAUGCCCCCGUACAACAGCCAGUGCAUCCAGCAGCCUAUAACGCCCACCAAGAGGCUAGCAUCAGCCAUCAAGACGAGGAGGAGCAACAAGAUUACGAAGGCAUAGAGCAGGAGGAAGAUGAGGAGGAGGAAGAGGGGGAUAGUGACGGUGAAAGGCGAUCUGAGGAAGCAUCAGGGGACGAAUGCAUGCAAGGAAUUGAUGAAGAGAAUAUUGGGGAUGAAGAAGCUCUCCAAUAUGUCGACGGUGAUGAAGGUUACGACGACGCGGGUCAAGAUGAUGAAGAGCCUGCUGCCCAGCUGGUUGAUGAAGUUUCCGAUGAUGAAGAGGAGAGGAGAGCAAGGGCAUUGCUCCGCCAGCCUUCCCCCCAUGUUGUGGAAGUAGAGGAUGUUCUUCAAGAACACCGUCGUCGUAAUCGGGCGAACAAGCCACCUCGCCCUGAGGCAUUGCGCAAGGCGGCUGUUUCGCAAGGAGCCGUAUCCCAAGGUUUGACAAGGGAGAACAACGAAGCAUCUGACGAUGAUGAGGUGCUUGGUGAGGCACACAUCGCUCAUAAGAAGUCCAGUACUUCUUCUGCUAGGGAAGUAUCCAAGCAUUCAGUUGCAUCCUUUACUGGUUACUGGAAAGAUGUGCUCAAAAUUGCACGCAAACUGAUGUGCCUGUAUGUAGUAGAGGAGGUCCCCUUUCCCACUCGGGAAAAUCACUUAUUAGUCGCCGAUGGAUGUGUGAAGAUGGCAGUAACCGUGUUUGAAAGAAUGAACACGGAUAAAGUGUUGCCUGAUAAGAAAAAAACGCUCCUAGACAGGAAUACCGCCGUAACGGCAUUUGUCUACGCGUCAACCUUCCGGGGAAGACUGAAGACGAUGAUCAGACCCCUGGUCAAAAAUGCGUAUGGCCUCGAAGUCCCGUCGGAGGUCAUCGCCGCGAACCCCAAUAUGUUUGAAAAUCAGAUGGGGGAGAUCGAAUACAUCAAGGACAGGGUAGCAUAUUGGCUACUCAAUGGUAAAUACCACCGGGGUGUUGCCAAAACCCGAUAUCACGAUGUCCCAUUUGGACAUCCUUUUGUGAAGAAGAUCUGUCUGGACUUCUUCUACCAUCCUACAAAAGGGGUUGCAGUCCCCAUCAAAGGUCUGGAGACAAAGACGGAUUUCUUCAAGACAUCGCUUCCCCACAAAGCAUUUGCGCUUGUGGCCAGUUGUAUCCACAACUGUCUUGAGGAGUGGAGGGAUGGGAUUGACCCUGCAAGAGGUGGUCCGUGUUCGGGUAUUGAAUUCAAGGGAGAGGAGUACUCCCUGAGGUAUGAUGCCUGCAUGUUGGUUGCAGCAGAGGCAGAGAAGGAUACCUUGAACCAAGGUCCUCGCUUGGCUUGCUUAUGUAGGGAAGUGGCUGAGGAAGGAUGUGCUAUUAUGAGGCCUACGAAGAACCCCCCCAACCCUUAUAGGAUGACUCUCCAUUCUAUCCCACAGGAGGAACUAGAUUACGGUCCAGAAGGGUAG